ACUCCACAAACGGCGCCAAAGGGAAGGCGCCAAUGCCAAAACUCACUCUUCUCACAUUUUCUGUCCCCACAAUCCCUUUAGAUUCCAAAUUUGUCAAUUUUUGUUUUUGAAAAUUAAGCAGCCCAAACAUAAGAACUCAUAUCUCUCUUAAAUUUUAACCCGCCAGGCGCCAGCCUACUUUCCACUAUUGACCCUAAAAUUAUACGCUCCUUUCCGCAAUUUUUGGCGCGGGAUUUCAAAUCCCUAAAAUUCCGGCUUAGAGGGAAUUGAACUGCAAAAAGCCCUACAUUCUAAAAAGUUAUUAAAUUUAAAAACCUGACUCACUUCCCCCCUUUCUCUUUAUAUAACUCUCUAGCUCUGCUAUGCCUCUCUGUGUCGCAAACCCUUAAACCUGUUUGACAGAAGUCCUCAGAGAGUCAUCCAAAAGAAAUAAAAUAAAAAAAUAAAAUGUACGUGGUGAAGAGAGAUGGGAGACAAGAAACGGUUCACUUUGACAAGAUAACUGCGAGAUUAAAGAAAUUGAGUUAUGGGUUGAGCAUGGAUCACUGUGACCCAGUAUUGGUUUCGCAAAAGGUUUGUGCUGGUGUUUACAAGGGUGUUACGACUAGUCAACUUGAUGAAUUGGCUGCUGAAACUGCCGCUGCUAUGACUGCUAAUCAUCCUGAUUAUGCCUCUUUGGCUGCAAGAAUUGUUGUCUCAAAUCUGCACAAGAACACUAAGAAAUCAUUUUCAGAGACGAUCAAAGUCAUGUAUAAUCAUUUCAAUGAGCGAUCUGGGCUAAAGGCACCUUUAAUUGCUGAUGAUGUUUAUAAUAUUAUUAUGAAGAAUGCUGCUCGUCUGGACAGUGAGAUAAUUUAUGACCGGGAUUUUGACUAUGAUUACUUUGGGUUCAAGACUCUGGAGAGGUCCUACCUCUUAAAAGUCCAAGGGAAGGUUGUAGAAAGGCCUCAACACAUGCUGAUGAGGGUUGCUGUUGGAAUUCAUAAGGAUGAUAUUGAUUCAGUUAUCAAAACCUACCACUUGAUGUCUCAGCGGUGGUUCACUCAUGCUUCUCCCACUCUGUUCAAUGCUGGAACACCAAGGCCUCAAUUGAGUAGCUGCUUUUUGGUGUGCAUGAAAGAUGAUAGUAUUGAAGGCAUUUAUGAUACUCUAAAGGAGUGUGCUGUUAUCAGCAAAUCAGCUGGAGGAAUUGGUGUCUCUAUUCACAAUAUUCGUGCCACAGGCAGCUAUAUUCGAGGAACAAAUGGGACAUCUAAUGGUAUUGUUCCAAUGUUGAGGGUGUUCAAUGAUACUGCCCGCUAUGUUGAUCAAGGAGGAGGCAAGAGGAAAGGUGCUUUUGCUGUGUACUUGGAACCAUGGCAUGCAGACAUAUUUGAAUUUUUGGAUCUUAGGAAGAACCAUGGGAAGGAGGAGCACCGGGCUCGGGAUUUAUUCUAUGCACUUUGGGUGCCUGAUCUGUUUAUGGAAAGAGUUCAAAGUAAUGGGCAAUGGUCAGUGUUUUGCCCUAAUGAGGCUCCAGGUCUGGCAGAUUGUUGGGGUGAAGAAUUUGAGAGACUUUACACCCAAUAUGAGAGAGAGGGCAAGGCAAAGAAGGUUGUCCAAGCACAGAACCUAUGGUUUGAAAUUUUGAAAUCCCAGAUUGAAACUGGGACUCCUUAUAUGGUGUUUAAGGACACUUCCAAUAGAAAAAGCAACCAGCAGAAUCUGGGCACUAUAAAAUCUUCAAAUCUGUGUACCGAGAUUAUUGAAUAUACAAGUCCAACAGAAACUGCUGUCUGCAAUCUGGCAUCUAUUGCCUUGCCACGAUUCGUGAGAGAAAAGGGGGUUCCAAUGGAGUCUCAUCCAUCUAAGGUUGUUGGAAGUAGAGGUUCUAAGAAUAGAUAUUUUGACUUUGACAAACUUGCAGAGGUUACAGAAGUAGUUACUUGCAAUCUUAACAAAAUAAUUGAUGUUAAUUACUACCCUGUUGAAAAUGCAAAAAGGUCAAAUUUUCGACACAGGCCAAUUGGCAUUGGGGUUCAGGGUCUUGCAGAUGCCUUCAUCUUACUUGGGAUGGCAUUUGAUUCACCAGAGGCUCAACAACUGAACAAGGAGAUAUUUGAAACUAUUUAUUAUCAUGCUCUGAAAGCAUCUUCUGAGAUAGCUGGAAGAGAUGGCCCUUACGAAACAUAUGAUGGAAGCCCUGUGAGCAAGGGAAUUCUGCAGCCUGACAUGUGGGGUGUGACUCCAUCAAGUCGGUGGAGCUGGAAUGCUCUCAGGGAAAUGAUAUUUAAGAAUGGAGUGAGAAACUCACUUCUUGUGGCACCAAUGCCAACUGCUUCAACUAGUCAGAUUCUCGGAAAUAAUGAGUGCUUUGAGCCAUAUACUUCCAACAUCUAUAGUCGCAGGGUUUUAAGCGGUGAAUUUGUUGUGGUCAACAAACAUCUUCUUCAUGACUUAACUGAGAUGGGUCUUUGGUCUCCUACCCUCAAGAACAAAAUAAUUUAUGAGGAUGGAUCUGUUCAGAAAAUUCCAGAAAUUCCUGAUGAUUUGAAGCUUAUUUAUAAGACUGUUUGGGAGAUCAAGCAAAAGACCUUGGUAGAUAUGGCAGUUGAUCGUGGAUGCUAUAUAGAUCAGAGUCAGAGCCUUAAUAUACAUAUGGACCAACCCAAUUUUGGAAAAUUGACUUCCUUGCACUUUUAUGCGUGGUCUAAGGGUUUAAAGACGGGGAUGUAUUAUCUACGAUCACGAGCUGCAGCUGAUGCCAUAAAGUUCACUGUUGACACUUCUCUUCUCAAGGAAAAGCAGCCAAAGGUGAAUGCUGAUGAUGAUGGUACCAAAAUGGCUCAGAUGGUUUGCUCUCUUACUAAUCGUGAAGAAUGCAUGGCUUGUGGAAGUUAAGAGGGUUUAAGAUGUUUGAAGAUAGAACUUUGUUGAAAUCAAAAGUGAUUUUAGAGAAUUUAGGAUAUUAAUAAUGUAAUAUAAAUAUAUAAAACAUAAGAUUAGGUGAAUUUAAGUCUUUUUAUAGCUUUAAUCCUUUCCUAAAUAUUUGUAUUACUCUAUAAUCUGUAUAUAUGUGAAGGCUGGAACUUGAAUUUCAA